CAGUCAUAAGCAGGACCGACUAAAACCGAUAAUCGGGAGUGACCUGUGACGCUCCACCAACUUUCGAUAACUUUAAAAACGGUCACCUGCUGGAAUACGAGAAUUCUCAAGACAAAUUAUUGUGAAUCUUAACUACCUCUUCUACACAACGUCUUCAGAAUGUCGUACUCCGAUUAUCCGUCAGACAUCGCCGAUUAUUCGUCUUUUGACAACAUGAUGGCUGAUAUUUGCAAUCCUUCUUCGUCCUCAUCGUCCAACAGAAAGCGCCAAGCAGAUCCUGCACCUGACAACUUUGCAAAAAUCCCUGCUGGAAUGGCAACUCAGCCUUUGUAUUUUCCGAUUCAUUAUCCUGUUAACAGUGGAUGGCAAUCCUUCGAUGUUAAUCAAGUGUACAAUAAUCAUAAUAUGAAUCAACCCGGUUUCGGAUGGGUCGCGCUGCCACCGCCGAUGCCACAUAACCUACAGAUUCCUGAUCAGAACUCGUAUAAGCCCCGCUCUGGACUGCCAGUUCCACCACCUAUGGCAGAAUUCCAAGAUGUUAAUGGCAUCCAACAAAAUCCAAAUGAAAUUUUCAAAAAUGCGCCAAUCACUUCUGCUAUGUGUACUCCAGAGUCGGAUAUAUCAACUUCUACAAAUCUCACUCCGGACCAGGAUUCCGCACAGCUUCCGCUGACGGAACAAGAAUUAAACGAGGAAAAGAACUUCGUAGUGAAUAUUGAAUCUCCUGGAAAACUAGCUCAUUAUUUCUUGCCAAAUGUUGAAUCAGAACAGGAACCAAAUGAGCAUAUUCCUUAUCCGUACGCUAAAUCAUUAUUUCCAACAUUCGGUGUUCCUGUGUCAUCAGAUGGAAAUGUCGUUGCUGAAGUUGUAGAUGGAAGGCUUCCAGCUGUUGGAACUCGUUCGAAGUAUGAUAUUACUGUUGAUGAGAUCAGAAGACGUUGUGGAGCACCAGAGCAUAUGAAUCAAAGCGCUUUGUACUGCUUUUUUAGAAAAUCGAAAAAGAGGGAGGCUAUAAAUCGGGUGAAACAAGUGCUCACCGUUCACAAUAUUCCUAUGAGAACAAUGCAGAGGCAACGAAAAGUGACAUGUUUCUCCCCUUUUCUGGAAGAAGAAGCUACUGCAUUGGCACGUGAUCUUGACUCAAUUAGUGAAGAGUUCCUUCCAAUUAAUAUAAUCGCCCAGGAGAUGCUUGAAAAACUAAUGUCGAGUGGCAAUAAUCUGGAUGUUUGCCACAGAAUGUUAAAAAAUACAACGGCAACCAUAACUCGAGUUAUAAAAACUCUUGAAGUUCGUCAACCAAAGAUAACUGGACAAGAAGAAAAGCUAAAAGGAAAUAAUCUCGAUCUCUCUUAUCACAAUUUCUCAUUGAUAACUCACGGAUUUGGUCAUCCAAAUUCCUUAUCCCACUACCGAAGUUAUCUUUCAAUCGUUGAGCGAGCAGUUCUUUUAUGUGAAAAAAUACAAAAUGGUCAAUCGUUGUUGUCGAAUGAAGAUGUGAUUCCUGGUCAAAAACCGUUCGAAAGAAUGUCAAAUGAAUACUUUGUCGAAUGGCAAAUGAAUUUAUAUAAGAAGAAAUUGGCCAAACAAAUGGAAGAAGUAGAAGAAAAUAAGAGCCAACGGGGGGAGCAUCAACAGAUUCAUCAACAUCAGCUAUAUCAGCAACAUCAUACGAAUACACAUCCGCCAAUGCCAUUAAUGCCUCCUUCCCAAAUGAAUUUGUGUCCUCCAAUCACGCCUAUUCCUCCUCAAAAUGUAUAUUAUUAUUAAACCAAUUUUUUAAAUAUUUAUUUAACGUCCAUUUUCCAUAUUGCUGAAUAGCUGUGACAUUUUAAGUAAACUUCAUUGCGUCCCAUAGCUGGUGUCUAAAUUUUCGGAUUUUUUCCUGUGAAUGAUGUUUUAUUUUAUAAUUUCUUUUGUAAUUUGUCCCGAGCGAAAUAAAUGGCUUAUCAAAU